ACAAGUUCUCAGAGCAGUGACAUUUAACUCGAUUGGGAAGGGCACGCCCAAGGUCACCCUUUUAAAGGGUUUGUCUUCCUUUUCAACAUUUUUUACAGAGAGGCCAUCUGGUCCAGGCCCUGCCUUCAGGCUGAUGAAGUCAAAUAUCCCCAUUUUAAAGUACCUGCAGAUGAAAUGGCCCCUCCUCGAUGUCCCCUCCAGUGCCACAGUCAAGGACACGAGAUCACCAUCUCCGGCACACUUGUCUAAUAAAGUUCCUGUUGUUCAGCACCCUCAUCACAUGCAUCCGUUGACACCCCUCAUCACCUACAGCAAUGACCACUUCUCUCCUGGCUCCCCUCCCACGCACCUGUCCCCGGAGAUCGAUCCAAAGACAGGAAUACCCCGGCCCCCUCACCCAUCUGAGCUGCCACCAUAUUACCCACUCUCUCCCGGAGCUGUUGGACAAAUCCCCCAUCCUCUCGGCUGGCUCGUCCCACAGCAAGGACAGCCCGUGUACUCCCUCCCUCCCGGCGGCUUCCGGCACCCUUACCCUGCCCUCGCCAUGAACGCCUCGAUGUCCAGCCUGGUUUCCAGUCGGUUCUCCCCUCACAUGGUGGCUCCCGCCCAUCCUGGUCUGCCCACCUCAGGGAUCCCCCACCCGGCCAUCGUCUCCCCCAUCAUCAAGCAGGAACCGGCACCCCCCAGCCUGAGCCCCGUGGUGAGCGCGAAAUCGCCAGUCACAGUGAAAAAGGAGGAGGAAAAGAAACCCCACGUGAAGAAGCCUCUGAACGCCUUCAUGCUGUAUAUGAAGGAGAUGAGGGCCAAGGUGGUUGCCGAGUGCACCCUGAAGGAAAGUGCAGCCAUUAACCAAAUCCUGGGGAGAAAGUGGCACAACCUGUCUCGAGAGGAGCAGGCCAAGUACUACGAGCUGGCCCGGAAGGAGCGGCAGCUUCACUCCCAACUCUACCCGACCUGGUCAGCCCGGGACAACUAUGGCAAGAAAAAGAAGAGGAAGAGAGAGAAGCAGUUGUCACAGACACAGUCACAGCAGCAAGUCCAAGAGGCAGAGGGUGCUCUGGCCUCCAAGAGCAAGAAGCCAUGUAUUCAGUACCUGCCCCCUGAGAAGCCCUGUGACAGCCCUGCCUCUUCCCAUGGCAGUAUGCUGGACUCCCCUGCCACCCCCUCCGCGGCCUUGGCCUCUCCAGCCGCCCCUGCUGCAACCCACUCGGAGCAAGCCCAGCCCCUCUCCCUCACCACCAAGCCAGAAGCCCGAGCCCAGCUAGCCCUGCACUCAACUGCCUUCCUGACAGCUAAGGCUGCAGCCACCUCCUCUGGCCAGAUGGGCAGCCAGCCUCCUCUGCUGUCCCGGCCCCUCCCCCUGGGGUCUGUGCCCACAGCUCUGCUGACCUCACCCCCCUCCUUCCCCGCCACGCUCCAUGCCCACCAGGCCCUCCCAGUGCUACAAGCCCAGCCUCUUUCCUUGGUCACCAAGUCUGCCCACUAAACUGCCCCCUGACCUAUGCAGGCUGUCACGUGACUCAUCGAGUAGUAAUGAUUCAGAAGAAAAAAAAAAAGGAAACUUUAUUGGUCAAUAUUUGACCAUUCUGGACUGUUCUGUAAAGUGACUGGUAACAACAGCACUUUACAUCUUGUAGAUGUAACCAGUAGCUGAUCUUAAGGCUUUUUUAAAAAACAAAGCAAAACAACAAAAAAAAAGUCUUUAAAAGAAAAGUAGUGUGUUAUUCUUCCUGUCUGUGCUGUGGUAGAUGGGCCUGGGCAGAAGACGCAUUGCUUUCUACCUCUCCCUUUUCCUUUCUACCCUCCUCUCUUCUUGUCACCCCCACCUGCCCCAGCUCCCCCUCCGCUACCCCCACCUCGGUCUGCAUCCGUGCCCUUGCUGUGAUUUCUAGCGCGGUACCUCUUCAUCCAGACCCAUGCCUGGACACCUCCUGUGUCCAAGCCAAGUUAUGAUUUGCUCCACACCAUGGGUUCUCUCCCUUUGUCUCCUUUGUCCUCUGCCCAGUGUAAGGCCGUCACCAUGUGAGAAGACAUCUUGGCCUGAUUCAUUUCCACCAGCAUCCCCCCACCCUCAGUGGGCCAGAACCCGCCAGCCUCCAACUUACAGUGGAGGAAGCGGCUCUCUGAAGUCCCCCCACAUUUAAAGGGACUCAAGGUGCCUGCCAGUUCCUCAGCAAAGAAGUCUGUGUUCCUCCCCCUCUUUCCUGAUCGACAUCUCCCCCUCACAGUCCCAGAGUGGCUGGCAGGACCUGGCUCCAAGGUCUGGCUCCUGUCGCCUGGGUCAGUGCUAGUACGAUCUGCCAAAGUUCUGAAGACCCUCUUCCCACCCACCCCGUCACCUCACAUGCUUCUUCUGUGUGUAUUUCUUUUUUGUUUUUAUGGUUAUUGGAGCAAUUUAAACUCCCAAUUUAUUUUCACAAAAGAAAAUAAAAUUGCAGUUGCAAGACC